CUGGGUGUCAUCUUCAAGAUAAAGGAGGGACUUACAUAAAGGUUCUGAAAUUCAUCAUCCCUGUACUUGACUUUUAAUACAUAGAGGAAGUAUAAAAUCGAAGUAAUAUAGAGAAAGGUACUUAGACUUUUAGGGUUCACUAGCUUUAACAAAAAACUGCCUACAAAGCCAUGAAGCUUUUAUACGUAUCUUCGCUCUCUCAAAUCAUCCUGUUUCUGAACGUCGUUAUAAUUGUUGGUGGCUACGGAGGGAAACCAAUAUGCUUGGAAGACAUCAAUGCUGAUCCCUAUGCCGACAAAGUGCUGUUGAAGGUAGUGGAUGUUAUUGAGGAUCCUAUCCGUCUUCCAGUUUAUCAUAAGGGAUACCUUCUGGAUCUGGACGACGGCACUUUAACAGGCUCGCGCGACCUCCACCGUUCAGGCCAUACCGUACUGAAAUGUACGGAGGAUGCCUUUUACCACGAAAUACCCAUAGCCAUCAACAACUUUUCCGCCGACUACAAAUGGACAUUACAUCUUUUUCAUUGGUCAAAGCGCGGGAAGAUGUUUAUCAAGGGAAUGAACUUGAUGGCUACGGUUAUCAUCAGACAGGAACUGAGAAGAGGAGCAGAACCUACCGUACACAGAUUUACCAUCCACGGUAUUACCAAGCCUUCGGUUACGUACACUGGGAUCGACGGUGUCGUUCAGAAACUGGCAGAGACUAUCAGCACCACUGCUGUCCAGAUCAUACCAAAAAUUAUCGAAACCACUUUGCAAAAAUCCAUACACGCUGGGUUACAGAGGGCUGUUCAUGAGAUUUUUGGAAUGUCUCAUUAAAACGUCAAAUAAGUUUAAAGAAAUAAAACUAAGAAAUGUAACCUACGUUUUAGAAAUCCUUUUAUCACUGAAUGGUGAUUAGAAAUUAACACAACUAUCGUACAACUGUAGCAGACAAACUUUUGUUCCUUAUAUACAUAAGGGGCCAUCUUAGCAUUAAAUUGUUUUAUGUUCCCUUAAGUUUAACCUCGGAAGAAACAUUUAAAAUCAGUUUAAGAAACGGGUGCGUGACAACAAAAGUAAUAAUAAUAAUAAUAAUAGGUGGAUUGUUUGAGAAAGUACAGAAAUUAACAAUGAUAAUAUUCUUCAGAAAUUCUAUUAAAGUAGCAGUUCAAAAGGAUCGUAAUGGGCCUGAUAACGGAAGCUCUGUAUUAAUUACUCUGCAGAUGAGACUUGAAUUAAAUACUAAAUAACUGCUCAUUUUGUUGUCACAUACCCCACCCCCACAGUGGCGCAGCGAUAAGCCUGCAGACUUCCAACGCAAAAAACCGGUAGAGCACAGAUAGUCCAUUGUGUAGUUUUGCGCUUAACUACAAAGAAACAGAUCACAUCAGUUACUGUACAAUCCUUCUCUGAUUAAAAUGACAAACACGUCAAAUUUUUGAAUGUGUUUAUUUCGUAAAGAACAGAAAAAUACAGAAUUUACUUCGAAACUUAAUCACUGGAUUUCUUGUCAUCGUGUUUCAAACCACAAAUUACAGAGAUGUUUAUGUUGAGAGGUUAAGACAAACCGAUUAACAAUAAGAGCUUACACGUAAGAAGUUUAACGAUAAUAAAAAUAACCAAACAAACCGAAAACAACUAAGUCCUUCCGCGAAAUUAAAAGCGCCGAGUGUUUGUUUUAUUUAAAAGCAAUGCUGUGUGAUAGACUAUCUGUACUUUAUUGUAUCCACAGCAAGAAUCGAAUCAUAGCUCCCAGGUUUACCGCUGAACCACCAAGCUAAAAUUUUGCCCAUUUCAUUUAAGUUCAAUAUUUUGUUUUCUAAUGUUCAUUCUGUCCAGUUUAAUAAAAAUAAAAUACUUAGAACAA